UUAAACUAUCACCUUAUUAUUUUUGCUAAAACCCUACUUCGUAAUUGCUUAAAGGAAAGAAAAAAAUGGAGAAAAGAAAGUUGAUGAGAAUGAAAGGGAGUGAAAAUCUAAAAGGUCGUCUUCUUCUUUCAACACUUUCAUCAACUCCCAUUGUUAUCGACGAUAUUCGAUCAACUGACAUCAAUCCUGGUCUUCGUCGUUACGAAGUCUCUCUUCUUCGUCUCAUCCAAAAAGUCUGCGAUGAUUGCUCUAUUAUCAUCAAUGAAACUGGUACCAAGUUGACGUACAAACCAGGGAUUGUGAUGGGUGGCAAAUAUCUGGAGCAUGAUUGUGGGUUGAGUCGUUCAAUUGCUUACUUCUUGGAAGUUCUAAUUGUUCUCGGUUUGUUUGCCAAAAAUCCCCUUCAAAUUACUCUUAAAGGUAUAACGAAUGAUUCAAAAGACCCAUCUGUUGAUACAUUCCAGUUAACUACCUUGAACAUCUUAAAACGCUUUGGAGUAUCUUCACAAGGCCUAGCAUUGAAAAUUGAGAGCCGUGGCGUACCUCCUAUGGGUGGUGGACAAGUAGUUUUGUCAAUACCAAUUUUGCACACUAGUUUAACAGCAGUGAACUGGAUUGACGAGGGAAUGGUAAUGCGUAUUAGAGGGGUAUCAUUUUCUACUCGAGUAUCGUCUAAGUCAGAAGCACUUAUAUGUUCUGCUCGUGGUAUCUUCAAUAAUUUUCUUCCGGAUGUCCGCAUUUUCAUUGAUCACAAGGCUGGUGCACAAGCUGGAAACUCCCCAGGAUUUGGGGUUUCAUUGGUUGCUGAAACCACUUCUGGAUGCUGUAUCUCUGUUGAUACUGCUGUCCAUCGUCCACAUGAAGAGGAGACAGCUGAAAUGGAAGAUGGUGUAGAAGUAUAUUGGAGAUCGCCUGAGGAUGUUGGUGUGGAUAUUGCUUCCGCUUUACUUGGUGAAAUUGAGCAGGGGGGAGUGGUAGAUUCAACACAUCAGAUCCAGGAGUAGAUGAAGUGGAGAACCUGAAAUAUCGAAGAAGGGAACCAUUCAGGCUCCUGGGCAUAGCCAUCCAAUCUAGUAUAUAACUGUGAUGUAAGACGGACUUCACCAUCAUCAGUAAAGAUGAGUUCAAGGGCAUGCUGUCUGCAGAAGCUAUCUCUUAACCUGUCAACUGAUUUUUGGAGCCUCUUUUUCCAGUCUCUUUGCUCUGCUACACGGCUUUGUCGAUCUAAGUCUUUUCUAGAAGGUUCUUCAUUUCUGUUAGUUUGGUUAAAGGGUAGCAACUUUGCAGCAGCACGAGGGAGAAGCUCGUCAGCUAGAACCAGUGCAUUGGCUAGCAAAGCAAGCUGUUGGGCUUCAGUCUCAGCCACCUUGAUGAUUGAGACUCCUUGACCAUCUUGGUUUGCCUCGCUUACUGAUACUGGGAACGCAUUGAUUAGGGUGUUUAUAUAGGAGUUAAACGCUUCUACUAAACCUUCGAGUAAUGGAGUCCCUAGUUGUAGAGUCUCUAGGGGUUGUACAUCUUCAAAGAGAUCCUGAAAGAGGAAGCUCAUAAGUAUAUGUAUGUAUAUGCAACUUAGCUACUACUCGCUCUGUUUCUUAAUAAACACAACACUUUGACUUUUGCAUUCAAAUAUACAAAGUGUAAGUGCAUUUCCUCACUAAUUUACUAUUGUAUUAUCAUGUA